AUGUCAAAACACCAGUAAUCAACAAAGUGAUCUUUCGGCCUAAGUGAUCUUUACUGGGUAUCAAUCGAGUCUGUGCACAAACCGGAAAAGAGGUCUUUCUAGGAGGCUAGAAGGAAAAAUGAUACCAGGAGUGAUAAUCGUCGUUUUUCUUGGGAUUAUAUUAGAAUCAGAUGGACAGGAAAUGAAGCUUGCUUCCUUUCAGUUGACUGACGGGGAUGUUCUUACUGCUGCAUCAGUAGCCACCUCUGGCGUAAUCGCGUCAAAAGAUGGCGCUAGUGUGAUAAGGUGCUGCCUCAAAUGUGCUGAGAAUGUUCUAUGUGCUGGCAUUUUCUACGAUAUCACGACAAAAGUCUGCAAACCUUAUCUAUUUCAGAAUUACACGUCAAUGACCAUAAGCAACAAUGAAAACUUUGUCAAAAUUGUGCCAGAUUGUGAAAAUCAGGGUCACAUUUUCAACAGCCAACAUAAUCUUUGCUUUGAACUGUUUGGCAACGUGUUACCAUGGAAUCAGUCUCGGGACGCAUGCGUGCGAGUCGGAGGACAAUUGGUCUCUCUGGAUACAGAUGCUAAAAUAAACUUCAUGACAAACUUCAUUGGUAGUACAUACCCCAACGUCACUUUCUGGCAUGUUGGAGCAUCUGACUUAAAAAUCGAGGGAGACUGGAUGUGGCCCAACGGUUCCCCAGCUGUAGGCAUCAGAACAUCAGAUAAUGAGACGGAACGGGAAGUGAACGACUGCAGCGCCCUCAACCGAUACAAAGGGGAUGUACAGGAAGUGAAAUGCAAUAUCACAAGAAGACGCAUUUGUGAAUGGUCUUACUUGAUUCAUUAAAAUUUUAAACUCAAAAUUUCAUACAACAGCGACUUUAACAUACGCAUGUACAGUUGCAAUAAACACAAUUGAUUAUGCGGUGGGUGUGCUGUAAUAAAGGUUGAUUGUUGCUCUGCAAGUCAAGAAAACCAUCGAAACACUUCUAA